ACUAUGUAUCUCGAAACGCGAAAAUACAAAUUUAUGAUAGCUUGCAUAAUUCUAAUAAUGAUUUUUGUAUCGGGCUUUGUGAAAAAUUAUGGAAUGAAUUAAUUAAAGAACCCGUAAAAGACGAGUCUGAUGCUAUAAGAGCGACUCUUAAGCCUCAUAUUUGUGUUUCUAUUACACCUUUGGAUCUAAAUUUGAAAAAUCCAAUUAGAACACAAAAACAAAGAUCAUUGAUUUCUUCAAUUAUUACAUACGCAAGAUUACAAUAUCCUGAUAAAUUUGAAGAAACACCUGAGGAUCAUGUUAUUUAUGUAUCAAAUGAUUUCGUAAAACAAAAUAAUUUGCGAGAUGUAAUCGAAGCAGAAGUUAGGAUGAUUGCUCCGAUUGAAUUGGAAGAAGUUAUCAUUGGUGCUUUGAAUACCGAGUCAUAUGAAAGUUUGAAAAAAGGUUUUGGAAAAGAUCCUUCCGCAAUAUCAACUUAUUUUUAUUCAUCAUUGCCUAUAAUAGUUAGACAAUCGCAAAUUUAUAAUCUUUGGCCAGUUUCUGAUCCUAAAGUUUUAAUUAAAUUCAAAGCACUAAUGUGCAAUCCGGUUUUACAAGGAAUUAUUGGAACUCACACGGAUUUCAUUAUAACUGAUUUAUCACAAGAAGCUUUGGGUUAUGAUUUUGAAGAAAAAGAAACUGAUGUUAACCAUGGCAUUGAAUUUGAUUUUGAAGAUUUGUUAGAAGAACAAAAUAUUUUGAAUUUGAAAGAUGAUUAUAUGGAUACCCAAUUGGCUUUACUUGAAGUUAAUGGACAAGAUGUCGGAAAUGGAUACGAAUCUAAUACAUCUACAACAUCUUCAGAUGAUGAAUGUUUAAGUACCGUGGUUUCUAUUUCAAGAAAAUCUAAUUUUACUCCUCAACUUUUAUCGUCUCCCUUUCCUGAUUUUUUAAUACAACCUAUACCAAAAGAAAGAGAGGAUCCUGAAUCAAGAGUUCUAAUUAGUAUAAGAGAUUUGGCCAAGUUGGGAAUUCAAAUAUCAGGACCCAUUAAUGAGAAAACUAGGUUAUGCAAAAUUUAUGCUAUCGAUAUUUCAUCAUCAUUCACAGAGUAUUUAUUAUUCUUUUUAAUAAAAUGUUCUGAAGUUGUUUCUGAAGUUUCUCUAGUAAUUUACCUUGAAAUUUUGUCAUUUAGGACAUCAUGUCCUCCUGCUUAUAUUUCCCCAUUACUUCAUUUCAAUCUUGGAUUUUCUAACACUAAGAAUUUGACUUCUGAGCAGCUAUUCAUUCAACCAGCUAUUAGAAUGCAAUCUCCGCCUCCCGUAGCCAAAUAUUUAGUUGUUGCUAGAAUAGCUUUUCCAAAUUGUAAUGAUAGAUUUAUCUAUAAUGCCAGCAUAUGUGGUUUAGAAAAAUGGUUUGAAGAGGCUGAUAGGAUCGUUAGUGAAGGAGAUAUUUUCUCUAUUCCAAUAGAUGAGGAGGCUGCUAGAUUAAGGCCACAAAAAGUUGAGGGUGAUAUUGAAACAUCAGAUGACAUUAAAAUCGCUACCUCUCCACUAAAACCAACAACGGUUGUUCAUUUCAAAAUUACCGAGUUGAAACCUAAGAACAAAAAAAAAAUGAUGUUAUAUGGAUCUGGUAGAUUAGUGGACACUAAAUUAACUAGGAUUGAGCAAAUAGGGAUGGUGCAUUCAAAAGUUCCCAUAGUAAAACAAUAUUUUGGGAUUACUUCAAAAUUUUCCAAUCAAAAUUCGAUCUUAACAUCCCCUGGAACUCCUUAUGCUAAACUUUAUGAUCUCAUUUCAUCUUGUCUUCAUCCAAAUGCUGUCACUCUUAACCUUAGUUGUACAGUCCUUUUACAUGGUCCUCGAGGUUGUGGAAAGAAAACAGCGGUUGAAUGGGUAGCGGAUUCAGUUGGUGUGCAUGUUUUUGAAGUGAAUUGUUUUGAUUUUGCGGGGGAGACCGAUGCGAAAACGGAAACAUCACUACGUAUGAGAUUAGAUAAGGCGGUAACAAGUUCCCCAUGUGUGUUCUUAUUACGACAUAUUGAUGCAUUGGUGAGAAAAAGUGCUGUUCUUGAGACUGGUCAAGAUCCAACCAUUUCAACUAUUUUGCAAGAUUGUUUCAAGCAACUUUUAAUAAAUUUUCAAAACAUUGGAUAUCCUGUGUUAGUUGUAGGAACAACAGGAGAUAUUGAAGAAGUUCCUGCGAGCGUAAUAGGAUGUUUUAGACAUGAAAUUGCUUUUGAAUCACCAUCGGAAGCUGCAAGAUUAGCCAUAUUAGAACAAUUAACGUCUGAUACACCUUUGGCUCCAGAUGUGUCAUUAUCACUUUUGGCAACACAGACCGCUGCACUCGUCGCAAAAGAUUUGGUUGAUUUGAUCGCGAGAGCCGGAUUGGCAUCACUUGAACGGGUUGAAAUUUCUUUAAAAAGGACAAAUAAACCUAUAAUAAAAGAUUUAGACAUUGUUCAUGCUGGAAUUGCAUUGACUGCUACGGAUUUUGAGAAUGCUCUUAACAAGGCGAGAGCAUCAUAUUCUGACAGUAUAGGAGCACCAAAAAUUCCUAACGUUACAUGGGAUGAUGUUGGAGGUCUUGCAGCCGUGAAGCAUGAUAUUUUAGAUACAAUUCAAUUACCUUUAGAACAUCCAGAAUUGUUUGCAACUGGAAUGAAAAAGAGAUCAGGAAUUUUACUUUAUGGACCACCCGGUACGGGAAAGACGCUUCUUGCUAAAGCAGUAGCGACUUCAUGUUCUUUAAACUUUUUUUCAGUUAAAGGACCAGAAUUACUUAAUAUGUACGUGGGUGAGUCUGAAGCUAAUGUACGACGAGUUUUUCAACGUGCCCGAGAUGCUAAACCAUGUGUCAUAUUCUUUGAUGAGUUGGAUUCAGUUGCACCUAAAAGAGGAGAACAAGGUGAUUCUGGUGGAGUAAUGGAUAGGAUUGUUAGUCAACUAUUAGCUGAAUUAGACGGAAUGGGUCAAGGAGGAGGUGCAGCAGAUGUGUUUGUAAUUGGCGCAACCAAUCGUCCAGAUUUAUUAGAUCCGGCAUUACUAAGGCCUGGACGAUUUGAUAAGCUCCUUUAUCUUGGAGUGAGUCAAGAUCAUGAAACUCAACUUAAAAUCAUUCAAGCAUUAACAAGAAAAUUCCGUUUACAUCCUUCAUUGGACCUUCGCGCAGUUGCAGAAAAAUGUCCAUUCAAUUAUACAGGUGCAGAUUUUUAUGCACUUUGCUCAGAUGCGAUGUUAAAAGCAAUGUCAAGAACAGCCGAGGCUAUUGAAGCCAAAGUUGCUAAAAUAAAUGCCAAUCCUUCAACAAAUCUUCCAAAACCAAUAAAUUCACAAUAUUAUCUUAAUCAUCUUGCCAUACCCGAUGACAUACUUGUUGAAGUUAAUCAAAAUGAUUUCGAAAGAGCUUUAAUCGAAUUAAUACCCUCGGUUUCCGAAAAAGAAUUAGAACAUUAUAAGAUGGUUCAAAUGAGAUUCACUCAAGAAGAAGCGAAAAAAUUUGGAGGAAAUGAUGAGCAAAAGUCAUAUUCUAAUAGUAAGAUUAUUGACGAUGGUGUAACUACCGAGUAUAAUGGUAUAAAGAAUGAUAAAAAGGGUAAAGGUAAAGCAAAAGUUGGUUAG